AUGGACAUCCACAGAUGUCGAUUUGUAGCAUACAACCCGCAGGCAAUUAACGCCCUCGCAUUCUCUCAUCCGCCAUCUGCAGAAGCCUCCGGUAGAGGCGUACCUACCCUUCGACUUGCCAUUGGACGAGCCAACGGCGACGUCGAAAUAUGGAACCCCUUACGCGGAGCUUGGCUACAAGAAUCGAUUUUACGGGGAGGUAAGGACCGCACCAUUGAAGGCCUUGCAUGGACUCAGGACCCUAGUGAAGAUGAGGUGGAUAGCAGUGGAUUCAAAGUCCCCGGGAAGCUGCGAUUAUUCAGCAUUGGUUCUUCGAGCGUCGUGACAGAAUGGAACCUAGAGGAAGGCCGACCUGCCAGACAUUCGAGCGGUAGCUUUGGCGAGAUCUGGUGUUUGGCUGCGCAACCCCGGUGGAAACCGACGAAGAAGGAUAAGGAUGGAAAAUUCUUACCGCCUGCUGAGGGGGAGUAUACCGGGCAGCACUUGGCGGUGGGUUGUGCAGAUGGGUCGAUAGUUAUUUUGUCCACAGAGAACGGGGAUCUGAGAUAUCUGCGUACUAUGAGACCUUCAACCAAAAAGGCUCGAGUCCUUAGUCUUACGUUCCAGGAUCGCAAUACUGCUGUAGCUGGAUAUGCGGAUAGCACCAUUCGAAUAUUCGAUAUCCGCAGUGGGAAGAUUUUGCGAACAGUUUCCAUGGGUAAGGGUCCUGUGAAGGGCUCUAAAGACCUUUUGGUAUGGUCCGUGAAAUGCUUGCCGGACGGAACUAUCAUCUCUGGCGACUCUUCUGGUGAAAUACGGUUUUGGGACGUGAGGAAUUAUUCCCUAAUCCAACGCAUACAAGGUCACCAGGCAGAUGUGUUGGAUAUUGCCGUUAGUGCUGAUGGAGAAUCUGUCAUCAGCGGCGGCGCGGACCAAAGGACGACCAUUUACAAACUAGAGAGCGGCAGGAAAAGUGAUAAAUCAAGAAGAUGGAAAGAAGUGACACAUCGUCGAUAUCAUACGCAUGAUGUCAAAGCUUUCGCUGUUUAUGAGACUAAGGAUAUAAGCAUCGUGGUAUCUGGAGGAUUGGACACAAUACCCGUCGUCCUUCCGUUGCGCGAAUAUGGAGCGGAGCAUCAUCGGAAACUAUCGAAUCUUCCCCAAGUUCCUCAAGUCACCUCAUCACCUUCAUCCCGUCUCCUUAUGAGCUGGUGGGACCGCGAAGUAUGUUUGUGGUAUAUUUCCAAGCGCUCGGGGCCUGGUGAACAACUGCUAGACGGGACUAGCCAUAAGCUCGUAGGCAAAGUGUUGGUCCAGGGCGAUGAAAGCCUUACAUCUGCCGCCUUGUCAUCAGAUGGGAAGCUUCUCAUUGCAGCAACUGUGGCGGAAGUGAAGAUUUUCAGCCUAAAAUGGCGAAAGGGAGACAGCAAACCAGCCCUGCGCGUCCAAAAGAUCGAUCUUCCUCCUGCAGUGGCUAGGCACGGAGCCAAAUCUGCUACUUUCUCACCUGAUAGCCAAUGGAUUUGUCUUGUCCGCCCCAAUAACGAUAUUAGUCUUGCUAGGAUUGUAUCAGACUCCGAUCCCAAGGAGAAUCCGCGCGUGCUAUCUGAGCUGAUCGAUUUGGAUCGUAUUCCUAGACAAAUUCGACACAAAGAAAUCUAUGGUACGCUUGGUCAGUAUGAACGGAGCGUUCGCUGUGUUGUAUUUUCCGAAGAUAGUAGGAUGCUUGCCUGUGGGGACCUCGGAGGAUUUAUUGACACGUGGAUUUUGGAGGAUGUUCAAGAAUUCGAGAAAACCGGCAAAGGGGUAAAGGUGAACGGAAUUGCCUCGUCGGAUGAUGAAUCCUCAGAUGACGAUGAUGCUCCUGUUGUGCUUGAGGGCCAGCGUUGGAUACCGACACCGUCAGAAUCACCUAUUCCUCGCCUGAAAGCUGGAAUUCUACUGCUAUCAUUCCGGCCGCCAAAUCGCUCCCACGUAAAGACUCUUACCAACGGCACCACCGAUUCUCACGUCUCUCGUCCGACUUCGCCUGGUACUGGUCGCCUAAUGGUAUUGACUGCUGAGCACCAAUUAUCUGAAUUUGAAGUGAUGAAAGGGAAACUGUCUGAUUGGUCCCGGAGAAACCCCAAAGCGUACCUACCCAAUGAAUUCACUAUACUUAAGGAUCGAGCGAUGGGCGCUAUUUGGGAUGUAAACCAGAGCCGGGAACGCCUUUGGUUAUACGGCCCUACAUGGAUGUGGAUGUUCGAUCUAUCGCAAGAUUUCCCUUCACCAGAUGAUGUGGUUGAAAGCAAGGAUGUCCCUGACACAGCAAAGCAGGGGACGAACAAACGCAAAAGAUAUGACGAGGAGGGGAAGAUGCCGAAGACCAACACUGGGGCUGGUGAUAGAAUAGCAGUUUCGAAAUCUGAUGUAGGUUUAGGAAGGAAAAUGCGCAAAAUUGUGGGCAGCGACGAAGCAAAUGCGCAAUGGAUAGACCUCAAGCGGGAAAGGAGCCGAGAUGAUGUGGUUGAAGAAGACGAAUAUGAACAAUACAAUGAGUCAUCAGCAGCAAAUGACUCCGUACUAGCACGCCUUCGACGAGACCGAAGUCUCUCCGAACCAGAGACAAAGGAGGAGGGGAAGGAUGAAGACGACGGCAGGGAUAAGGAGACAAGCCAUCACGGUCAAUAUCAACCCAAUGGUAUGAGUACCUCCUUUCCCUCUUCAUCCAUCACCUCCAGCAGGAAAUUGCAAGUAGCCUUUGCCGUCGUGAUCGACAACAGACCACAUGCCAAUGGGCACAACAAGACGCUGGCGAAGGGGAAGCAAGAACAAAGCCAGAAACCACAAGCGGCUAUACCCGAAAAGCCUGAGCGAGAAGAGCAGGCGACCGUUGCUACCCAGAACCCGGCUAACCAAGAUGCUGUACCAGAGCUUCCAUUGCAAGCGAAAGAGACACCGAAAAGCACACCACAGCAACGUCGUUGGUGGCAUACACAUAAGUAUCGAGAUGUUCUAGGAAUAGUACCACUCGACCAACUGGGUAGUGUAUCGGAUACAGACCAGGAGUUGAGAGGGGGCGGUUUCAACCUAGAAGUUGCGGUGGUGGAGCGGCCAAUGUGGGAAAUAGAGUUGCCUGGGCGGUAUGUGCGGGACUACGAGUAG